AAUACAAUCCUGUGUUGAGUGACGCAGGAGAGCAGUGGACGAUCGGAGCUGCACUGAUGUGCAACAACUAAGACCAAGAGUCAAGCGUCUUGAGUUUUAACAGAAUACCACCAUCUGCAAACAGAUGAGCGUCUGAAAUGCCCUUGCUUGCACUAAUGUAUUCGGUUACUACAUCCUUAACUUUACUCUGUUCUCUGCGCAUAAUCGAGAUCAUCUGUCGGGAGUCGAUAUUAACUGCUCCAGUAACGGAUUGAUCCAAAUUUCUCAUUCACAUUUUACGGCAUGACAUGUAGAUAAUCAUCCGAUACUUUGAUGGGGCUCCUGAGGAUCAUGAUGCCACCCAAGUUCCAGCUGCUGGCUGUUAUGGCGUUUGGAGUGGCGAUGCUGUUUAUUGAGAACCAGAUUCAGAAGCUGGAAGAGUCUCGGGCAAAGCUGGAGCGCACCAUGGCCAGACACGAGGUGCGAGAGGUGGAGCAGAGACAGACACGGGACGGCUUGCAGAGACGGACACGGGACGGCUUGCGGAACUCUCCUGCAUUGCCUGAGAUUGAGGAUCUGAUCAUCAUCUAUAACCGUGUGCCCAAGACUGCCAGCACCUCCUUCACCAACAUUGCAUAUGACCUGUGCGGAAAGAACCGUUUCCAUGUUCUCCACAUCAACACCACCAAGAAUAAUCCGGUCAUGUCCCUGCAGGAUCAGAUGAGGUUUGUAAGGAAUGUGACAUCCUGGCGAGAAAUGAAACCAGGUUUCUACCACGGCCAUGUCUCCUACCUGGACUUCACAAAGUUUGGAGUCAAGGGGAAGCCGGUUUACAUCAACAUUGUACGGGACCCUAUCGAGAGGUUGGUGUCUUACUAUUAUUUUCUCCGAUUUGGAGAUGAUUAUCGGCCAGGUCUCAGGCGGAGAAAGCAGGGGGACAAAAAGACAUUUGAUGAGUGUGUGUCAUCAGGAGGUUCUGACUGCGCUCCUGAGAAGCUUUGGUUACAGAUCCCGUUCUUCUGUGGCCAUUACUCUGAGUGCUGGAAUGUUGGCAGUAAGUGGGCUCUCGAGCAGGCCAAGUAUAAUUUGGUGAAUGAGUAUCUGCUUGUGGGAGUGACUGAGGAGCUGGAGGAUUUUAUCAUGAUGCUCGAGGCAGCCCUGCCACGUUUCUUCAGAGGAGCGACUGAGCUGUACCGCACAGGCAAGAAGUCUCACCUGAGGAAAACGAGCGAGAAGAAACCUCCCACUAAAGAGUCCAUCUCAAAGCUGCAGCAGUCCAACAUAUGGAAGAUGGAGAACGAGUUCUAUGAGUUUGCACUGGAACAGUUUCAGUUUGUGCGCGCUCACAGCGUCAGGGAAAAAGACGGCGAGCUUUACCUGCUGGCUCAGAACUUCUUUUACGAGAAAAUCUAUCCAAAAGUAAACUAGAGUUGACAUUAGCAUGGUCCAUUUGGCCUGUUCAUGUACUGUUCUGUCACUUUCACUGGGAAGAGAAGAAGAAAUGCCUGGAAGAGGGGCCAAGCGUUUUAGAGUAUGUUUUUUGAGAGACUUCACACAAGUGCUGACUGUGACGCUCGAUAUCAAGCCCAGUAUCUUUUUAUGGACUUUCACAGCAGUGAAAACAUUUGUGACAUCGACAUCAAAUUUUCACGCAAUUCAUCAUGCCUUCCAAAAGAAAAUGACAGAACCUCUUUGACCAUCAGUCACUGCUGUGAAAAAUCAAUUCUGAACAGGGUCAAAAGAGUGCUGCUUUUGGUACCAGACGUUUGGUACAUUAGGAGCACCUCCUUAUUUUACUACUAUCUGUGGUUUUGUGAAGUAACUCUUUCCUGCAUUGUGUAUAUUCAUUUUUCAUAGAAUGCCAUGAACAGUGUUUACAGACUUUAGUAAAGGUAUUGUAGCCAGAGUUUAGAAUGUGGUAAAACAGAUUUCAUAUCUGUACAAAUUGUAUUUACAUGUAUAUUUUAUUUAAUUGGACCAAAUGGUUGUAAGAAAUUCAAAGUUGUAGAGUUUUAAACUAGUUAUUUGGGGGGGGGGUCCCACUGGUGCUUGCUUUCUUUUCUAUUUCUCCUUUAUUUUCCGUUGCAUCUCCUGAAGACAGAACAGUUCAACUUUAAACUGACCUCUAAGAUGAACUUUCAUCUUUCAUUGUUCAACUACAGAGACUGUUUUUGACAGGUUAAAGUAUCAUCUAGUAGCAGAGUAUUGACUUGAAGUAACUUGGUCUCAACAGCCUACUACCCUCUCAGAAGUCCUAAUUAUACUGCAUUUUACCAGAAGAUAAAAAAGAAAGAAAGAGGCUCAAACCAACAUUAGUUGUACACUAAAUAGUGCCUUCAUGAAUCAUUCAUUCCACCUUGGUUUCAGCAGUUGUUCAGAUCAUUUAAACAAAGUCUGUAUAUUACAUUUUUUAAAACUGCCAGCUUUCCUUUUUUUUUGUAUAAAUUGUCUCAAAGCAUUUCAAAUAAACUUUGCUGUCU